AUGAGGAAUGUCAUCGGAAUUCUCAAGCGCCACCGCCGGAUUACGGUGCUUUCCCGCAUUUCUCGUCAUGAGAGUUCUGCAUUGGCUCCUCUUGGAAGUUCUAGUAGUGUUCUGGCUGACGGGGGAAUCAUGGAGAUUAACAAUCAGGCAUGCUUCCUUCAGCAAAGGCUCUUCUCCACGACCUUCACCAGUGUACAUGUCGAGAAGCCUUCUGGGAAGUAUGCAAAAUUAAGGAAAGAGUCUCUAGAAAGUGAAUUUGGACAGGCUCUUGGUACAUACAGCUCCAGCAAGGCAUCUCACAUGUAUCGAUUUGGUCCAUUUCUGGCGAUUUAUAGAGCUGCAAUCAUCUCAUAUCAUCUCCUCAAGUUAACCACUUGGCAACUUUUCGUCAAGGAUAUGAGAGAGCGUGCCAUCAUGUUUCGUGAGACUCUAGUCAGCUUGGGGCCUUUCUACAUCAAGCUUGGGCAAGCUCUAAGUACCAGGCCAGAUGUAUUGCCAACCAUAUACUGCCAGGAGCUUGCUAAGUUACAGGAUCAAAUACCACCCUUUCCAACUAAAGUUGCAAUUAGAUCUAUUGAGUCCCAGUUGGGCCGUCCUAUUUCACAAAUCUUUGCUGACAUCAGUCCAGAACCUGUUGCUUCAGCAUCGUUGGGCCAAGUGUAUAAAGCUCAUUUGCAUUCCGGAGAGCUUGUUGCUGUCAAAGUGCAAAGGCCCGGGAUAUCACAUUCAUUAACACUUGAUGCCCUGUUAUUCAAUAUGAUCGGGGGUCAGUUGAAGCGCUUCGCUAAGGCUCGCAAGGAUCUACUGGUUGCUGUAAAUGAGAUGGUCAGGCACAUGUUUGAUGAGGUUGACUACAUUCUAGAGGCAAAAAAUGCUGAACGUUUUGCUACUCUUUAUGGUUGUGAAGCCUCUACAACAGUUGUGGAUGAGAAUGAAAAUUAUGUUAAAGUUCCGAAAAUAUAUUGGGACCUCACACGCAAAGCUGUACUCACUAUGGAAUGGAUAGAUGGGAUCAAGCUCACUAAUGAAGCUCGCCUAAGCGAAGCUUGCUUGGAUAGAAGAAAACUGAUUGACCAGGGAUUGUACUGCUCCCUAAGGCAAUUGCUUGAAGUAGGAUUUUUUCAUGCUGACCCCCAUCCAGGAAACCUUGUUGCUACUGACAGUGGCCAUCUCGCUUAUUUUGACUUUGGAAUGAUGGGAGAUAUUCCCCGGCCUUAUCGCGUGGGACUUAUUCAAGUGCUCGUGCACUUUGUUAACCGUGACUCUCUGGGUUUGGCAAAUGACUUCCUUUCUCUGGGAUUUAUUCCCGAAGGGGUUGACAUAAGAGCAGUCUCUGAUGCAUUGCGAAUAUCUUUUGGGGAUGGUUCAAGACAAUCAAGAGACUUUGAGGCAAUAAUGAACCAACUAUAUGAUGUUAUGUACGACUUCAACUUCUCCCUUCCCCCAGACUAUGCUCUCGUGAUAAGGGCCCUUGGAUCACUUGAAGGCACAGCAAAGGUGCUGGAUCCCAACUUCAAAGUUGUCGAGAGUGCAUACCCUUUCGUCAUUGGCAGGCUAUUGGCUGACCCAAAUCCCGACAUGCGGAAAAUCUUGAGGCAGCUACUUAUCUCCAACGAUGGAUCCAUCAGAUGGAAUAGACUUGAACGCCUGAUUGCAGCAAUAUCGCAAGAAUCAGCUUCAGAGCCAAUCGGUCAAGCUGCUAAUUCCAAAGGCGACUCUCCAAAUCCACUCGGAUGGAAAUCGUUUGAUAUGCGUGCUGUCGUCAGCGCAACAGAGGACCUUCUCCUCUUUGUUCUGUCACAGAGAGGAUCAAGGGUGCGUGUUUUCCUCCUCAGGGAUAUGGUGAAAGCAGCGGACGCUUUCAUACAAGAUGAAGUAGCAUGCCACAUCUUCGACGACAACCCACAUCCUGAACUACAACAACCAUCAGGAUCCGAGGAACACAAAAUGGUAACGAGGGUGGCGAAUGGGUUUCGAUAUCUCUCUCGGGCAAUGAAGAUGGCUCCCGAGGUAUGGACAGCGAUGCUCAUACGAAUGGCGGUGAAGCCCGAGUUCCAUCAAUUCUCUGUCGACGUCGUGUCAGCAUUUGUCAUGCAUUUUAGCAGUAGAGUUCCAGAGACAUAUAUUAUCUGUAUGUCUAGACUGCUACAUAAGCUUGCUGGAAAAUACAGGUACAGUGACCCCGUUAGAUGA